AUGGCCCCGUCAACGUCUCAACUGGCACAGCCUAGUCGUUCAAGGUGGACCGUCACCAUUCCCUCCAUCUCAGUACCAGAAAUGAUAUUUCAGUCUGCUGCUGGAUCUGUACCUCAAUGUCUCCUCUAUAUUGAUGCGGCAGCUCCAAACACGUUUCAGGUGACUUUUCAUUCGCUUCGAGAAUGGUCGAAGCGCCUCGCCGGUGGGUUGAGACGGCGUGGGCUGCAAAAAGGAGAUCGAGUUUUGCUCGUCUCUCGGAACACGAUAUUUCUACCCAUCAUCAUCAUGGGCAUCAUGAUGGCAGGCGGCAUUUACGUUCCAGCGAAUCCACGGUCCGUUCCUAGAGAGCUACUGACUCAGAUGCAGGACGCUACUCCUCGCUUUGUGCUCACUGAGGAGGCUUUCGUGAAUACCGUGCUUAGUGUACUCGAAUCCGAUCAGGUCCAGUCUCUAGGGAGAGAUGAUAUUUUUGUCCUACAACGCAGCUUUGACGAGUCGAAAGGAGAGGCGGCGCCCGAGGGGUUCAAACAUUGGUUUUCAAUCCUAUUACCCAUAGAGGAAGCUGCUAGUUUUGACUGGAAAACAGUUGAGAAUCCUGUUGGACCAGAUGAUACAGCCAUGUUACUCUAUUCAUCAGGGACGACAGGGCUUCCCAAAGGGGUGGAAGUAACCCAUUUCAACCUUGUAGCAAAUGCAUUGCAAAUGUCUCACAUGUGGGAUCUUGAUCCAAGGAAUAGAGAUCCCCAGAUGCAAACGCAAGAAUACCAGUCCCGAUGGCUUUGCUGUCUUCCUAUGUAUCAUGGCCUGGCCACUGUCGUUUAUCUCACAGUUGCUCCUCUACGACGAACCCCAACAUACAUCAUGCGUGAUUAUGAGAUAAAUAACAUGUUAAGGUACAUUCAAGAGUUUCGUGUAACCAACUUGUUAAUGGUACCUCCAAUACUGGUUGCUAUGUCCAAGAAUACAGAAGCUCGCCGUGGUCAUUUCGAUCUCAAUAGCGUUCGGGAAGUCAUUUGUGGGGCGGCUCCUCUAGGGCGAGAACAAGCUGCAACACUUGAGCAGUUAUGGCCAAAAGGACAUGUGAAUGUGAAACAAGCAUUUGGGAUGACCGAAAUGUCUGGACUGCCUAUCAUGUGGGACCCUACCCUGUAUUCCGAUUCGGCGGCUGUUGGUGAGCUGGUGCCAAAUUGCGAAGCAAAAAUAAUGUAUGAGGAUGGGCUGAGAGCCCUGCCAGAUGGUCAAAGAGGGGAGCUCUGGUGCCGAGGUCCUAGCAUGAUGAAGGGAUAUUGGAACAAUCCGACGGCUACCAAGAACACGAUUGUCGAGGGAGGUUGGUUGAAGACGGGAGAUAUCGCCAUUCGAGAUGCUGAGGGCAGGUACUAUAUUGUGGAUCGGAAGAAAGAAUUUAUCAAGGUUAAAGGCGUGCAAGUAGCACCCGCUGAGCUGGAAGCACUGCUCCUGGAACAUCCGCAAAUUCAUGAUGCGGCUGUAGUGGGAGUGAAGAUGGAGGACACUGAAGUCCCACGGGCAUACAUUCGCGCUCACUUCAUCCCGACCCAGCCCCGCCUCGUGCGGAAGCACAGCACCAUGGCAUCGCACGACGACGAUUUCGACAGUGUCUCAUGGCGAAACGACCCUAGCAGCGACGCAUCGCGACCGACAACUUCCGGUACAGAUGCCGAUGACUCCGCUCAGCCGCAUCGCGACACCAAUGGAAAGCGCAGGAUGAGUGUUGCUCAGGACGAACCCCAGGCAGGACCGUUGGCCGAUGCAGUUGACCUCGCUGGGAUCGGAGACGGCAUGCUCGAGUGUUCCGUCGAUGCUCCUUUGAAAGAAAACGAUGGUACAAAGGAUGCCUACAUCUCGUACCUCGUCACAACUCACACAGACUUCAAGACCUUCCAGAAAACAGACUUCACAGUCCGCCGCCGAUUCCGUGACUUUUUCUUUCUCUACAAAACCCUAUACCGAGAAUAUCCUGCCUGUGCAGUACCACCGCUACCCGACAAACACAAAGUAGAAAGCUAUGUCACCGGCGACAGAUUCGGGCCGGACUUUACGCAACGCCGAGCAUGGUCGCUACAUAGGUUUAUCAAGCGGUUGACACUACACCCGGUGCUACGACGCGCGCCGUUGCUCGCUAUUUUUCUAGAGUCGCCUGACUGGAAUGCGCAUAUGAGGUUGCAUGGAGGUCGGACCUCGACUAGCACAACGGACUCUUCGGGUGGUAUUUUUGAUAAUUUUGCCGACACCUUUGUCAAUGCAUUCACAAAAGUCCACAAGCCCGAUCGACGAUUCAUCGAAGUGCGAGAAAAGGCCGACAAAUUGGAUGAAGACCUCAACCAUGUGGAGAAGAUAGUUGCCCGGGUUGCCCGCCGCGAGGCAGACCUUGAAGCAGAUUACGUGGAUUUGGCGACACAGUUCCGCAAAUUGGUGCCGUUAGAACCAGAGGUCGAAAUGCCGUUGCAGGUAUUCGCAGCCUCUGUGGAUGAGACGUCGCGCGGGUUGAAGGGACUCAAAGAUCAUACAGACCAAAACUACCUCGGCUCGCUGCGAGAUAUGGAGGCAUAUAUACUAUCGGUGAAAUCGCUCCUCAAAACACGAGAGCAAAAGCAACUCGACUUUGAGGCGUUGGUUGAAUACCGAAACAAAGCCGUGUCCGAUAGAGACUCGCUCGUGAACAAUCCGUCCUCAGCCUAUGCGUCGAAUCCGCUUACAUCAUCACCGGCAUCAUUCAUUCGGUCAAAGAUGGAAGACAUGCGCGGCGUCGACCACGAACAAUCCCGCCGCGAACGAAUACGCAAACUUGAACUCCGUAUCGAUGAAUUGACCCGCGAAGUCGACUCUGCAAAGACGACUUCCGAAAUGUUCGACGAGGAAGUCGUGCGCGAAGUCGCAGACUUUGAGCGCAUCAAAGCUGUUGAGUUCCGGGACUCCUUGGGUGCUCUGGCCGAGAAUCAUAUUGAGUUUUACCAGGGGGUGAUUAAUACCUGGGAACGCUUCAUAUCGGAAAUGGACAGCGAAUAUGGCGGUGGCGAUGAUCAGUUCCGGACAAGAAGUGAGGUUGUAUCCUGA